UGAGUCUCCCUCUCUCUCUCUCUCUCUCUCUCUCUUUCUCUCUCUCUUGCUGUGUCCACGUAUUUGUCUGUGUAUACACUGCUCUCCAGAUGUCAACGUUCACCACGGCCGGGCAGAAAAGGAAGCUGGGCGGAGAGUGUCAUGCAAGGAUGGAUGACUUCCUUCCCCCAGGCGGCAAGGACCACAAUACACCUGAAACGGAUCGAAACAGGGGUCGGACUGUAGUUUGCGACCGAGAACAUAUAGGCAGGCUAACAGAGGAGGUGCAUAAGCAGAAAGUACUGCUUAAAGAGAUGUCAGACGAACUACGCCGCGUCAAGUCUCUUCUCGACGAAAUGACGGAAACCGCGGAGCACAGGAUGUUCACCGUGUUCUGGUUGUUGCUUGACAACCCAAAAGAUAUACUAGACGUUACUCUUCUGAGGGAGGACAUGUCAGCCAGACUUCAGGCAAUUGCUGAAACGAAGAACACCACGUUCGACAAGUUUCAGGCAUGGCUGAAUAUUGAAAGGGAAAGGCGCACCGCCGUCUUGAAGCGGUUCUCCGCCCAUGUCACAAAGACAACAAACAGGGAAUCAGACGGAGGGGAUGUCAUGUGUCUUGCCAGCUGCGGAAAGUGUGUGCUCAAGGAGGGGUGGACAUCGUACAAUUCCCAAGAUUACAACACAGGUUCGCUACCUACGACGGCACGCAGCGUCGUUGACCUCUUAGCCUUCGUCGAGGACUGCAUUCGCCACUGUACGGAAACUGUUGACGAGUACGGUCUGAGUGAAGUGCGUGUCGGGUCUGUUAAUGACGAGCUUCCUGCAAAAAUCGCGACUCUGCUGAGCAGUUGCUCCGACGUAAUGGAUGCCCUGCAACACACUCGAGGCAGGAUGUUGGCUGGGGAACUGACGGUGACAUGCACGGAAGGAGAUGUUAUGGGAUGUGGAGAAGGUGAAACGAAGAAGGGAAGAGAGGAACCUGACAGACCAAUCGGAGUGUGUUCGGGGAAUGAGGCCAUUCUUGGGAAGGAUGCGCCUGCGCCACAUGUCCUGUCUUUGAAACCCGCGGAAAAGAAGGACAAGUGCCGGAAGAAAUCGGGGGCUGAGAAGAGGGAGUCGAAAGAGCAUCGCAGAAGCGGUGCCGGCCUCUCCGCGAAAAUGGUGCACAGGCGCAGGCGUAAAUCCGGGUCGAAAGUUACAGUCCCUUCGAGUGAGCGGGACAUUUCAACGAUGAAAGAACGUAACGAGUCGCCCCCCUUGACCCCUGUCGGGGAAAAGCGCGGAAGAGGCGCCGAGAACCGUCCGCCGAGGGCCCCAGAAAAAAAAUCGUCGGAUGAUAGAAGCGCGACUACUCACCGGAGUUCAAAGAAGAGAAUAUCCUACAAAGACGAGAGACCAGUGGAGACAAUCGAUCUUAGAGGGUCUGACGACAGGCACAGCACACCCCAAGCGGAAGAAGAGGAGGAACACGACCGUUCCACGCCAGAGAAGUCAGACCGUGCGGAGGAUGAGGAGGGGGGAAACGAGGGAGACGACAGCGGUCCUUCCCGCGGGCAGUCGCAAGACACCGACGAGGACGAUAACAGCGACGACAAAUCGGCCAGCCAGAGUACCGGCGAAGACCGGAGCGCCGCUUCGGAAGGAGAUGAUUCACCAUCUCCUUCGAGGACGCUGCGCAGCGAAGGAGAACGGCAGGCACGCAAUGGCAGCGACAUCGAGGAGCCUGUCGGUGACAGACAAAUCGUGCGGCACGUGAGCGCCACUGGAAAAGAGGACACGUUUUUUGCGGCGGUGCAAGCGACGGCCAAACUGGCAGGGGAGACAACAGAGGAAGGGCUGCAGUCUCACAUUGCAGAGCGUGGGAUUCGAGCUGUCAUAGGGGAAUGCAACAGAAUUAUGACGACGAUCCGCGGAGAGAUUACCUGGCAGCUGAAGCAUUGGUUCUGGGCAGAAAAAGGGAUUCCGUUGGUCGGAUCGCAGCAAUCGGACCACCACCUCCCCGCUCGCAACAAGAUGCGCGCCGAGAUGAAAGAGAACAAGACAUGGAGACGGAGCGGCGACGAUCCGUAGGGCGCCCCCGCCUUCAAGACGACACUCUUAAAAGUUUUCCAGAUGA